GGAGACACCAAAUAUUUAUUUGACAUCUUAAAGUCUUGUGAAAUGUUCGAUUUAAAUGACAAAUGAGUGUGGGUUAUUUUCGUCUUUAAACUGAGAUCUUAAAGAUUUGGCACGUAAGACCAAGGAGCAAAUACUUUCUAAAAAUACAAGCCUGCUUAUAGUUAGUCAACACACUCCGAGUUGUAAGUAAAGAAGAUUAUGUCAGUUUACUCGUAAGAGAGAUGCCAGUAAGAAGCAGCCUACCACAUUCGGCUCGGAUAAUUUUCAGAUAAUGGGUAAUGUUUAUUCCAAAUUGGACAAAGGAGCUGGACUUAAAAAUGGGUCAGACUCAAAGCGAUGAGGAUGAAGAAGUGAAACUAGCAGAUAUCCAGCCUCUUUACGCUCUUUAUAUGAAAGUGUGCCCAAGCGGAGCUUUGCAUCUUCAUGAAUUUCGCAAAAUCUUCGGGGUUCGGAGCACAUCGGAGGAUGAGGCGCUGUUCAUGGAAACAAUAUUCAAAUCAUUUGACACAAACAGGGAUGAUGUCAUUGACUUUAUGGAAUUCGUAGCAGCUGUCCAUCUGGUACUGAGAGGAAAUCUAGAGGACAGAUUGAGGUGGUCCUUUAAAGUCUAUGACAGAGAUGAAAAUGGAAAGUUGGAUAGAGAAGAGGUCAAGCAUAUCAUAAAGAUCAUAUGCCAAAUACGAAGAAAGGCCAAUAACAUGACACCCAAAGAAAUUUGUGAUAGGAUAUUUGAUCUUUUGGAUGAAAAUAAAGAUGGUCAAAUAUCCCUGUCAGAGUUCAUGGAAGGUGCACAAAAAGACGCUUGGAUUAUGGACCAACUCAAACUGGACAUCAAUGCACGUGGUUGGUUCAAUGAAAACUGGGGGAAAAAAACAUGAGUCUCCUAUCUAAGGUCAAGACCCAAGGGUCGUAUGUUUGCCCUUUAACAAUCUUUCAAAUGCUGAGGUCUGCAAACUGGAAAGGAGGUCAGAAAAUAUUUGCUGUGGGUCACAUGGGAGGAUGUGUCUCGUUGGACAUUGAUCACAAUGAACAACAGCCGGUCUGGAUUUCUUCAAGUGCAUUCCAACCCAACAGUUUCCUGGGUGUGGUGUUGGAGCUGGUUUUGUUUAUGGCUGUUGGAUAUACUGUAAAACUGCUGGUCCCAGAGGAGAACACAACUGCUAUUACUGUCUGGUCCCCGGGGCUGUCAACUCAUGGGGCCAAUAGCCUCAAAACUAAAGCCCAAUAAUGGAUGC